CAUGUGACUCGUUUCAAAAUGGUUGAUCCACCCCAGUCCCUGUCUCAGUCUCCGCCCAGUCCCUGUCUCAGUCUCCAUCCACCUCAUCCGCCAUCCACCUCAGUUUCCAUCCGCCAUGGCUGCCUCGCCAGUCAAAAAGAUCGUUUUUGUCUAUAUCCACGGGUUCCUCGGCGACGAAAAGUCUUUCAAUACCUUCCCACAUGAUCUGGUCUCGUACCUGUCCCACUCCACCUCCGUUGACCAUGACGAGAUUUUUGACGUCAAAGUCUAUCCAAAAUACGACACCAAGGGCAGCAACCCCAAAGCCGUCAGCCAGCUUGUCGACUAUCUGCUCCGCAACGCUGGCACCACAUCCUACUCGGGCGUCAUUUUGAUGGCUCAUUCGAUGGGCGGCUUGGCCGCCGUAGACGCUUAUCGGUCUCUCUACGGCGUCGACUCUGCGGAUGGGUCUGACGCACCCUCCUUUGCGGCUUCCGGGAUCUCCAACGAGACGCCUAGCCAGGCAGCGACUGUCAGCGCAGGGGAUAUACGCAAGCUCAUCAACAUCAUCGGAAUCGUCACCUUUGACUCUCCCUUCUACGGACUGACCCCAAACGUCUUCACGGAAUCGGGCUCGCGAAAUGCCAUGAACUAUGUGUCGUCGAUGCUGCCCUUUCAGUCGCCAACGGAGGUCUCCAAGGCUCCGGCCGGCCCCAAGCCAGACAAUGGCGGAAAUGAGGCCACCGCUGCAGCCCAAGAUGGCGAGCCGGCGGGUAUCAGGGCCACGCCAGCCGACACAGCAACGAACCCGCUUUGGGCAGCCACCUCUAUGGUUAGCAGUGUGCUAGCGCCGCUGGGCAAUCAUGCGAGGCGAUUCGGACCGUAUGUCUUUGCCGGUGGAGCUGCAGCUGCGGCUGCCUAUGCGUCGUUCGGGCUUGCCUCGACCCUGUAUCCUUCUCCAAGUGUCCAGCGGCUGGCAGCCCGGUGGCUGGUGUCUGCUGCGGAUGAAGCAUAUCGGCAUGCCGAGUUUUUGUAUCCACUCACCGACUCAAAGGAGCAGAUGCACCGACGAGUUGCCCACAUCCAGCAGGAGGUCGAGGGUCGGCGGUGCUUCUUCAAGGGAUACUAUCUCGAUAUCUCCAUCGAUCCCCCCAGUCCAACGGAGUCGCCGAUAUCGAAGCACUUUUGCAAUCCACCCGACCCGCAAAUCCAGCACCUGUUUGAAAAAGUUGAAUCACUCGUCCAGGACGAGAUCUCGGCGCACAUGAACAUGUUCCAUCCGCUCGAGAACCGCGAAAAGUACCUUGAUCUCAUCAUAAAGACAGCCCGGACGGUGCAUCAAAUACUCCACAGCAGCCAGAAAUGACGAGUCGCUGCCGAAGGCUCGCAUCAUGGCAUCAAUAAAGCCCAUCGAGGAUGUC